AUGAGGUUUGGAGAUCUAACAACUACUGAACCAGCAUUAAUGAGCUCAUACUGUGCUCAGUUCUUUUCUUCAUCGUUUUCCAGAUCCAACUCCAAUCAGAGCAACUUGGUCUUGCCUAUUUCGGUAGACUCGGAGGACUUAAUGGCUGACUGUGAUGUCACUUUUGAGGAGGUCGAGAAGGCUCUUGUCAAUUUUGAUGUUUAUAAAGGUUGUGGACCGGACAUGAUUCCCCCGAGGGUAUUGAGAUAUUGCAGUCCAGUUCUAACCGGUCCAAUCCAUAAACUUUUCGGCAAAUCACUACAGAGUGGCGUCUUCCCUGAGGCUCUCAAGCAAAGUUACAUUGUGCCAAUUCACAAGGGGGGUGCUAUCGAUAAUGUUUGUAAUUAUCGACCAAUUGCCAUACAGCCAACUUUGGCCAAGAUCUUCGAGAAACUGGUGUUGAAGAAGGUCGAUCGAAUUCUGACUAAGGGUAUUGUUUCUCAGCAGCAUGGUUUUUUUAUGGCAGAUCGACCGUCACCAAUCUAG